AUGGGUUGGUUUGGAGGAGGCAGCGGUAGCAGCAGUACACCUCCAUCUAAAGUAUCAAUUGUAACAGAAUAUAAACCGGAAGAAAAAACUCAACAAUAUCUUGAAGAUUUACCACCAAAAUUUGAAGAUUCAGAACCAAUACCUGAAAGACAAGCCACAUUAAUGGAUGCUGCUCAACGGAUCAAACUCUCGGAUUUUACAGUGGACAGAUUUAUAAGUAUGCCAUGUUUUAGAGAGGCCAUGAUUACAGGAUUCCAAGCCAUGGGUGUAUUAGGAGUAGUUACAUUUUUGAUCCACAAGAAUGUUCAAAAAACUAUGAAUUGGUCUGUUGGUGGUUUUUUUUUAGGUAAUAUUAUUGGAUGGGAACAAUGCCGAUCUUUAAGAAGGAAAUCAUUUCAAAUGAUAGAGAAAGCUCAACAAGAAAGAGAUGAAAAGAAUAAAAAGAAAUGGGCAGAAAUGCAACAGAGUGAUGAUGAAGAUUUAAAGAAGUUUCAAGAAUUCAAUAGUAGGAAAUAA